AUGUCCGAUAUUAUCAGAGAACCACGACUAGAAGCAACCAAAUUCUUCAAGUAUCAGAUAGACAAGAAUGCACGUUGCAUUCACGAAUUUUUUAAGAGAGUCUCUGCCUCACAGUGGUCACUAAGUGCCUUUGUCAAGUAUAUUGCUAAGUUGGAGACUGGGCUGGAUUUUGAACAACUCUUCAAAGUGUUUGUUGAAAGUUUGGAUCAAAUUUGUGUGUUACUCGUUGUUCCAGUUUGUGUUCGAGCAUUUGCUCAAAGCUAUUUGAAAUGGCUGGAGGCAAUGGUAAACGAAUGCAGAGAAUAUUUUUUCGCUAAAGUGACGUUGCAGGAAAAAACCGAACUAAAAGACAUAUUCAAAGAUACGGUGAAUGUUACUGCGCAAGCGGAGGCAUACCGCGCAUAUAUCACUGCACCGGCUGUGCCAACAAAGUCAAGCGGGACAGAUGUUCAAGAAAGGCACAAUGAUAAGGUAGACGAAGAAUUAAUAGAAGCUUCUAAAGAGAAAAAGCGAAAAGACGAGGAUGACGUGACAGUCGUGACAUCGACGCCACCCACAAAAAGGUCUAGAUCACGUUAUGAAUCAUCGUACUCGCCAUCCCCAUCUGAAGUGGAAGAAUUACCUUCACUGGCAACUGAUUCAGUUUUUAAUGAUGACAACUAUGAAAGGGAUGUUCCUCAAUUAUCUGAUGACUAUAGUGAAGAAAACGAAAAGCCAAUAAUAGAAGAUUUAUCUGAUGACUAUA